ACGCUCGCUCUACAAUGUCUUUCUUUAUAUUAUUUACACCAACGCAAUAUAUAUAUAUAUAUAUAUGCUUUAAGUACUGUGUUUCGUGCGUCGGUAAUAAAGUUUCUUACUUGAAAACAUGGAGUCCGUCGGUAAUACGAUUUCUAUAGUUUGCAAUUGGUUUCGUAUGUCGGUAAUAUGGUUUCUUAAUUUAUGCAAUGUUACAUAUGUUGAUAAUGAGGUUUCGCAGCUUCCAAUGUUAUAUCAAUAAUGAAUGCUAAGUGAUAAAUUCAAUUGCUAUAUAUAAUGUGUAUCAAUAUGCAUGUUCAUGCGUGCGUGCAUAUGUGCGUCUGUUGCUUGUACGGAGCUGUUUGGCGAGUGAGCAUAACUGUAGACGAGAGUUAACAAUCAAAAAACUAGAUGGCAAAUAAAAAUGCCAAUAUCCCACACUGUGAAUUUACUUCAAUAGAAAAUAAAACUUCAAGGCUAAAAAUCUCUGAUUUCCUUUUAAAGGAAACAUUAUACCGUUUAGUAUAUUAUACCUUUACGUAUCUUAUCACUCAGAAAGAUAGACGUAUAUACGUGAGUUACUGUAUAAUUCGUAUCUGCAACGGUGAACAGACUUAAGUGGCUAUUUACUGACACGUGUUCACAAAGGGUUAAUAAAUAAAUUUUUUCUUUUUGCUUAUAAUAAAACGAAAUUAUAUAGAAACUUUAUAGUUUUUAUUGUUUAUUACAGAUUUAAAAAAGUUUUUAUUUUUUAUUACAAAAAUAUAUUUAAUUAAAAAAUAAAGGAAAAGAAAAAAAGAGAAAAAAAAACAAUUUCGAUCCUGCCAGGAUUCGAACCUGGAAUCUUCUGAUCCGUAGUCAGACGCGUUAUCCGUUGCGCCACAGGACCAUGUUACUUACGAACGAUGAUUCAUUAUAUCGAUGGUAGGGGAAGGUCUAAAUAUCGCAGUAUCUAUAGAACCUCAAAGCGCAUUGGUCGAGAUAUAAGGCCACAUUAGAUUAGUCUAUAUAGCAUCCGGGCCUUACAAGAUAUUUCUGAGAUAUUUCAUUGUGUUUUUUGCUCAUAUAGUAUACGAAGUUCCUUUGUGUCAAGUAUCGGAGAAAAGGAUAUCGUUAAAUGAUGCGCAUAUUAUUUUUUAAGAUACACGAGCAUAUACGAUAUAUCGUUUAUAUAAUAUAACAACUAUGUAAUUAUUAAUUGUGAUAAAAAUAUGUGAAAAAUAUAAAGAAAAAUGUGAUCUAUUGAAAAGUGUGUGAUUAUUGGAUAUUAUAGAAUAAUUGAAUGAUAGGAAUGAUUCGAAGAUUAAAUUCGUCCUUUUUGUAGUAAAUAAUAAUGAAGACCGUCCGUAAUUUCAUCAAACUCAUGUAACGAUUUCAAUGUAGUUAUAUCACAGAAGAUGGCGCAGCGAUUCCGUAAAAAGUUUAACGCCGGCAAAGAUUCAAUGAAAUACAUGCGUCGAAGAUCGACGAACCGCGCUGUUAGAAGUAUAAAAGAAAUUAAAUUGUUUGAUACGUCGAUGGUGAAUAAUAAAGAAGAUUUUAUGAACAUAAUAGGACUCGAAAUGAAAAGGCAAGAAAUAGAAAAUAACGUGGAAAGAAAUAAUAACGUGAUAAUUAAGAAGAAAAACGAAGAGAAGGAAGAGGAAGAAAAAGAAGAAGAAGAAGAAGAAGAAGAAGAAGAAGAAGAAGAAGACGGAAAAGAAAAUUCUUUGGAUACUUUAAGAAUACGAAAAUGCAGUGUCGUUAUUGUUGCCGAAAGAUGUAAAAUUUGUGACUUACCUUUCAAAUGUAAAAGUGACGUUAUAUUCCACACGGUUAUGCGGCACGGUAAUGAUCCCGUUAUAAGCAAUAACUAUACGGGAACCAAUGCCGUUACGAAGAAACAACGUUUAAACAUUCGAAGACGGAAAACACCGAAUAACAAUAAUAAUCUCUUUCGUCUUAAAAUAAAAAUAGGCGAGGAGAUCAUUUCGGAUAUUACUAUAAAUCGUAAACAUUUGAAAAUAUUAAAUUCCUCUUCUAGUUCUACAUCUAAUUCAUCAUCAUCAAUUUUCCCGCCAAAAAUAAUCAAUCCUGAAAAUCGAAAGAAUGAAGAUUCUAUUAUGGUUAAAAAUAAUUCUGAAAGUAGUCUACUAGGUAUUGAUUAUUUCGGCUCGACAAAGAAUCAUUACGAGAACUAUGUUAUGGGCGUUCAACCCUUGAAUCAUAUACAUAUGUUAGACGACUCCCUAUUAAAUGAAGGGUUUCGAUAUAACGAUGACGGUAAUCGUUCAAAGCAUGUUAUAGAUGUGGAAAAUAAAAAUACGGCAUAUUGUAACGAAGAAACCGUAUUCUUUGAAUUACCUUUGUUAUGCUCUUUACCUAAGGAUAUUAAGAUAAAAAAUAAUGAAAAUUCCGGUAUAACUAAUACCUCAUCUAUUGACGAAUGUAAUACAUUCGAUAAAGAAAAUACAGUUGCUAAAACGCAAUCGGUAAAAAAUAUUGUAAAUGUUGGCCAGUCAAUGGUACCUACCGAAAUGCAUUUGGAAUCGCUUAAGGAAGAUGAGAAUAAGGUUGAUGACGAUGAAAUACAGGAAAUACUUCGUAUUACCAAAAGAAGACGGACGAACAAUAACAACCAUAAUAUCAUACGCAAAUUGGAUAGUCCUUUAAAUAGAGAACGAAUAUUGUUACCCGAUUCCGAAGAAGAAUUUAUCAAUAUGAGGGAAAAGGGAUACCAUUUAUGUAUAUCGAUAGUAUGAUAUAUCAUCAAUACUAAUCCCUUGAUGUUUUCCUCCGUCGUACUGGAUAACAUCGGAAUUAUUCGAACUUCGUAAUUACGCCAACAGUAUAUAGUAUAAAAACGUAUAAGGAUGCAACGAAGAUAACAAAUAGCGACGCUAUAAAAAGUUGAAAGAGAACUCAUAACUUUUCUUCUUUGAAAAUCGCUUAAAGCCUAUUAUUAUUUUUGUAUGAUAGACUGAUGUAGUGUUUCAAUUCUAAUGCAAGUGUAUAUAUAUAUGCGCGUUUUUUUUUUAUUAAUAAUCUUACUAAAAAUAUAGUAAUAUCUUUUCAAUCAUGAUUGCGAGUUUCUCUCUUAAUUGACAAUAAUUCGAAGCUGUGCUUCGAAUAUUAUUAAAAAAAUAUGUUGUAUAAAUAUUAAGUAAGGGAGAAUUCAUAAGAAAAACGAUAUAUGGAAGAAACGCGGAAAACAAAGAAUCUUAGAAGAUUUUAUAUUUUAUACAAUUCAAUCGCUGCAAUAUGCUGAAAUAAAUCUAAAUAUUGUGUAUGUAUGUGUGUGUGUGUGUGUGCGCGCACGCGCGCGUGUGUGUGUAUGUAUACGUAAUUAUGCACAAUACGUCACACACACAGUGAGGUACUUAAGUAUUCGUAUAGUACAUUAUGUAUUUCCAUAUACAUAUACUAUACGAAUACUAUAACUCUCCUAUUGUAUAUAUAGACUAUAUAAGUCGUAUAUAUAAUGGUACAUACGUACAUGUCUACGAUGAGAAACAUGUCUACGAACAUGUUUAUUUUCAAAAUUAUUUAAAUACAUUUUAUAAAAUCAAAAACUCAUUAAUGAUAAAUAAUUAUUAAAAUUAACAAAUAUAACUUGCAUACAAAACAAGUAUAUUUUUUUCCAAAUUUUUUUUUUUUAUUUUUUCUUAUUCACUCAUCGAAUGAACAUGUUUAUUAUAUGUUGACGUUUAUUGUGAUAUCUUUUUUAUCACUUUAUUUAUAAUUUAUUCGGAUGAUGAUGUUAAGAAAAUUGUAAAAUAAUACGUAAUGUCAAUAAGUGAGAAAUACAAGUGUUCCCUACUUGUUACCUACCUACAAUAUCAUAGGUAAUUAUUCCUUGAAAAAUAAUUGGAACAAUUAGAUUACGAUGCGUCAAAUUUAUGACGCAUAUAUAUAUAUAUAUAUAUAUAUAUAUAUAUAUAUGUACGUAUAACAUAUAAUACGAAUCAUUUACGUCAUAAUAUUUAUCUUGAUUAUGUUUUUAUAUUUCUAUGUAUCUUACUUAAAUAUGUUUCGUAAAUUUCGUAUGUCGAAUCGUGAUGUCUACCCAUAUUUAUCUGUCAUUAUUUUGGUAUUCCAAUUUUCUACUAAAUUUUUUUUACAUUUUUACUAAAAUACUAUUUAUAU